AAGCUAUACUCCGUACACAAGAUCCCUUCCCCUCCCCGCUUUUCUUCUCAGCCUCUUUUUGUCAUCAUCAGACAUCAGACACCAUAGAGAACUAUAAACCUCUCUUAGAGACACAACACACAAACCUCACUACGUUCACAAUGGUAGAAACCGGUCUUCCGGCAGGGUGGGAGGUUCGCCACUCCAACUCCAAGAACCUCCCUUACUACUUCAACCCGAGCACCAAGGAGUCCCGCUGGGAACCCCCCGCCGACACGAACACCGAGAAGCUCAAGCUGUACAUGGCCGACUACCACAGCGGGCCUGCAGGACACGGGAUCGGCCAGGGUGAGGGAAAGAUCCGCUGCAGCCAUCUCCUGGUGAAGCACCGGGACAGCCGACGGCCCAGCAGCUGGCGGGAGGCCGAGAUCACUCGGUCGAAAGAGGAGGCGAUUGAGAUCCUCCGCGGCCAUGAGCAGCGCAUCCAAUCGGGCGAAGCUACCCUGGGCGACAUCGCCAUGUCAGAGUCGGACUGCAGCAGUGCUCGUAAGCGGGGUGAUCUUGGAUUCUUUGGACGCGGGGAGAUGCAAAAGGAGUUCGAGGACGCAGCCUUUGCGCUGCAGCCGGGACAGGUCAGCGGUAUUGUUGAGACCGCGUCUGGCGUUCAUCUGAUCGAACGUGUUCAGUAAAGGCUUGGAGUUUUAGCUCUUAUAGUUGGAAGAAUA